CCGGGCGGCGAGACAGACGGACAGCUAGCCCUCCCGCGGGACGCACGCCCGGGACCCGCGCGGGCCGUGCGCUCUGCACUCCGGAGCGGUUCCCCGAGCGCCGCGGCCGCAGAGCCUCUCCUGCCGGCGCCCAUUGUUCCCCGCGGGGGCGGGGCGCCUGGAGCCGGGCCGCGCGCCGCGCCCCUGAACGCCAGAAGAAGGGAGGGAGGCGAGGAGGGAGCGCGGGGUCCCCGCGCCCAGCCGGGCCCAGGAGGAGGUGUAGCGCGGCGAGCCCGGGGACUCGGAGCCGGACUGGGAGCUUCCCCGCGGCGCGCAGCCUGCCCGAGCAUGGGCGCCUGAGGCGGCCCCACGCCGGCGGCGAAGGACGCGUCCCCACGGGCGGACUGACCGGCGGGCGGACCUGGAGACGGUCCGCGGCGCCGCGCCCCUUCCCCUGGCCCGGUCCGAUCCCGGCCCCUGGCGCCAUGGACAAGCUGCCGCCGUCCAUGCGCAAGCGGCUCUACAGCCUCCCGCAGCAGGUGGGGGCCAAGGCGUGGAUCAUGGACGAGGAAGAGGACGCCGAGGAGGAGGGGGCCGGGGGCCGCCAAGACCCCAGCCGCAGGAGCAUCCGGCUGCGGCCACUGCCCUCGCCCUCGCCCUCGCCCUCGGCGGCCGCGGGUGGCACGGAGUCCCGAAGCUCGGCCCUCGGGGCAGCGGACAGCGAAGGGCCGGCCCGCGGCGCGGGCAAGUCCAGCACGAACGGGGACUGCAGGCGCUUCCGCGGGAGCCUGGCCUCGCUGGGCAGCCGGGGCGGCGGCGGCGGCGGCACGGGGAGCGGCAGCAGUCACGGACACCUGCAUGACUCCGCGGAGGAGCGGCGGCUCAUCGCCGAGGGCGACGCGUCCCCCGGCGAGGACAGGACGCCCCCAGGCCUGGCGGCUGAGCCCGAGCGCCCCGGCGCCUCGGCGCAGCCCGCAGCCUCGCCGCCGCCGCCCCAGCAGCCACCGCAGCCGGCCUCCGCCUCCUGCGAGCAGCCUUCGGCGGACACCGCUAUCAAAGUGGAGGGAGGCGCGGCCGCCGGCGACCAGAUCCUCCCGGAGGCCGAGGUGCGCCUGGGCCAGGCCGGCUUCAUGCAGCGCCAGUUCGGGGCCAUGCUCCAACCCGGGGUCAACAAAUUCUCCCUAAGGAUGUUCGGCAGCCAGAAAGCCGUGGAGCGCGAGCAGGAGAGGGUCAAGUCGGCCGGAUUUUGGAUUAUCCACCCCUACAGUGACUUCAGAUUUUACUGGGACCUGACCAUGCUGCUGCUGAUGGUGGGAAACCUGAUCAUCAUUCCUGUGGGCAUCACCUUCUUCAAGGAUGAGAACACCACACCCUGGAUUGUCUUCAAUGUGGUGUCAGACACAUUUUUCCUCAUCGACUUGGUCCUCAACUUCCGCACAGGGAUCGUGGUGGAGGACAACACAGAGAUCAUCCUGGACCCGCAGCGGAUUAAAAUGAAGUACCUGAAAAGCUGGUUCAUGGUAGAUUUCAUUUCCUCCAUCCCCGUGGACUACAUCUUCCUCAUUGUGGAGACACGCAUCGACUCGGAGGUCUACAAGACUGCCCGGGCCCUGCGCAUCGUCCGCUUCACGAAGAUCCUCAGCCUCUUACGCCUGUUACGCCUCUCCCGCCUCAUUCGAUAUAUCCACCAGUGGGAAGAGAUCUUCCACAUGACCUACGACCUGGCCAGCGCCGUAGUGCGCAUCGUGAACCUCAUCGGCAUGAUGCUCCUGCUCUGCCACUGGGACGGCUGCUUGCAGUUCCUGGUACCCAUGCUACAGGACUUCCCUGAUGACUGCUGGGUGUCCAUCAACAACAUGGUGAACAACUCCUGGGGGAAGCAGUACUCCUACGCGCUCUUCAAGGCCAUGAGCCACAUGCUGUGCAUCGGCUACGGGCGGCAGGCGCCCGUGGGCAUGUCCGACGUCUGGCUCACCAUGCUCAGCAUGAUCGUGGGUGCCACCUGCUACGCCAUGUUCAUCGGCCACGCCACUGCCCUCAUCCAGUCCCUGGACUCCUCCCGGCGCCAGUACCAGGAAAAGUAUAAGCAGGUGGAGCAGUACAUGUCCUUCCACAAGCUCCCGCCUGACACCCGGCAGCGCAUCCACGACUACUACGAGCACCGCUACCAGGGCAAGAUGUUCGACGAGGAGAGCAUCCUGGGCGAGCUGAGCGAGCCCUUGCGGGAGGAGAUCAUCAACUUUAACUGCCGGAAGCUGGUGGCCUCCAUGCCACUGUUUGCCAACGCGGACCCUAACUUCGUGACAUCCAUGCUGACCAAGCUGCGUUUCGAGGUCUUCCAGCCUGGGGACUACAUCAUCCGGGAAGGCACCAUCGGCAAGAAGAUGUACUUCAUCCAGCACGGCGUGGUCAGCGUGCUCACCAAGGGCAACAAGGAGACCAAGCUGGCCGACGGCUCCUACUUUGGAGAGAUCUGCCUGCUGACCCGGGGCCGGCGCACAGCCAGCGUGAGGGCCGACACCUACUGCCGCCUCUACUCGCUGAGCGUGGACAACUUCAAUGAGGUGCUGGAGGAGUACCCCAUGAUGCGAAGGGCCUUCGAGACCGUGGCGCUGGACCGCCUGGACCGCAUCGGCAAGAAGAACUCCAUCCUCCUCCACAAAGUCCAGCACGACCUCAACUCCGGCGUCUUCAACUACCAGGAGAAUGAGAUCAUCCAGCAGAUUGUGCAGCAUGACCGGGAGAUGGCCCACUGCGCGCACCGCGUCCAGGCUGCUGCCUCUGCCACCCCAACCCCCACGCCCGUCAUCUGGACCCCACUGAUCCAGGCACCACUGCAGGCUGCGGCUGCCACCACUUCAGUGGCCAUAGCCCUCACCCACCACCCUCGCCUGCCUGCUGCCAUCUUCCGCCCUCCCCCAGGAUCUGGGCUGGGCAACCUCGGCGCCGGGCAGACGCCAAGGCACCUGAAACGGCUGCAGUCCCUGAUCCCUUCUGCGCUGGGCUCCGCCUCGCCCGCCAGCAGCCCGUCCCAGGUGGACACGCCGUCUUCAUCCUCCUUCCACAUCCAACAGCUGGCUGGAUUCUCUGCCCCCGCCGGACUGAGCCCACUCCUGCCCUCAUCCAGCUCCUCCCCACCCCCCGGGGCCUGUGGCUCCCCCUCGGCUCCCACACCAUCAGCCGGCACAGCUGCCACCACCAUAGCUGGGUUUGGCCACUUCCACAAGGCGCUGGGUGGCUCCCUGUCCUCCUCCGACUCUCCCCUGCUCACCCCGCUGCAGCCAGGCGCCCGCUCCCCGCAGGCUGCCCAGCCACCUCCCGCGCCACCCGGGGCCCGGGGAGGCCUGGGACUCCCGGAGCACUUCCUGCCACCCCCACCCUCAUCCAGAUCCCCGUCAUCUAGCCCCGGGCAGCUGGGCCAGCCUCCCGGGGAGUUGUCCCUAGGUCUGGCCACUGGCCCACCAAGCACGCCAGAGACACCCCCACGGCAGCCUGAGCCACCAUCCCUUGUGGCAGGGGCCUCUGGGGGGGCUUCCCCUGUAGGCUUUACUCCCCGAGGAGGUCUCAGCCCCCCUGGCCACAGCCCAGGCCCCCCAAGAACCUUCCCGAGUGCCCCACCCCGGGCCUCUGGCUCCCAUGGAUCCUUACUCCUGCCACCUGCAUCCAGCCCCCCACCACCCCAGGUUCCCCAGCGCCGGGGCACGCCCCCCCUCACCCCUGGCCGCCUCACCCAGGACCUCAAGCUCAUCUCCGCGUCUCAGCCAGCCCUGCCUCAGGACGGGGCGCAGACUCUCCGCAGAGCCUCCCCGCACUCCUCAGGGGAGUCCAUGGCUGCCUUCCCGCUCUUCCCCAGGGCUGGGGGUGGCAGCGGGGGCAGUGGGAGCAGCGGGGGCCUCGGUCCCCCUGGGAGGCCCUAUGGUGCCAUCCCCGGCCAGCACGUCACUCUGCCUCGGAAGACAUCCUCAGGUUCUUUGCCACCCCCUCUGUCUUUGUUUGGGGCAAGAGCCACCUCUUCUGGGGGGCCCCCUCUGACUGCUGGACCCCAGAGGGAACCUGGGUCCAGGCCUGAGCCAGUGAGCUCCAAACUGCCGUCCAAUCUAUGAGCUGGGCCCUUCCUUCCCUCUUCUUUCUUCUUUUCUCUCCCUUCCUUCUUCCUUCAGGUUUAACUGUGAUUAGGAGAUAUACCAAUAACAGUAAUAAUUAUUUAAAAAACCACACACACCAGAAAAACAAAAGACAGCAGAAAAUAACCAGGGUGUGGCCUCCUCCACCAGGCCCUCCUCAGCGCGUGGGACCCCAUCCUGUGCUCACUGCUUCACCUUUCUCAAGCUCAGCCUCAGCUUGAAGGGCUCUUCUUUCUCCCAAAAGCUUCCAGUGCACUACAAAGCAUGCCUUCUCCUCCACCUGCCCCCAUUGUUGAUUUUGCUGCUUUAAUUUUCUUUCUCUUGAGGGUGGAAUAUUUUGUACCUACUGAAGAGAUACAUUAUGUAAAUCAGAUAUAAAAAAUAAUAUCAACAGCCAUGUACCAAUCACUCAGUUUAAGGAAUGGAACAUAAGGAAUGGAGCAAAAGGAAUAUCUUUGAAGGCAUCUAUGCUGUUGCCCAAGUGUGUCCCUCUCCCUCCCUCCAAGGAAAACCUCUCACCUGAAUUUUAUCAUUACUUUUCAUGAUACUCUUUCUAUAGAAAUAAAUGACUCUAAAGAAUGUAUUCAGUUGCACACCAAGGUGGGGAGUGGAGAUUGGAAGUAGCCGCCUUUGUGGCAAGAAUUUUUAUCAAUAAUAUUGUCCAGAAUUGCUGAUGUAUGGUGACAAUAAAAAUCAGAUUUUGGUCAGUUU